UUUUGGCGGUUCAAUGCCGAGCCGAACUGUCGUUUGUAAACGUAAACAAUCUCCAAGAACUGCUACUUGUCAAAGCAGUUUUCUGGAAACGCUGAAAGAAUCUGGCUCAAUUCCCCAUGGACAACAAAUUUUGAUCUCGUAUCUGUCUUUAAUGUCUCGAGCUCAAUUAAAAAUGUAUUAAUUUUUUUAAGAUUGCAAGAUGACAUCGUAUUUAGGAGGCGGGCUUGCGUCUUUGGAUCGAUGGGAAGGUCUGAAAGAAUGGCAUCGAAGACAUCAAAGUAUUUUAGGAGAGACCUUAGGCAGAGAAACGACAGGACAGACAAAUCAAAUCCAGGAUUUUUCUUCAGAUAAUAGUAGCUUUGCACUUAAGGAUGCUUUUAAACCUGACGAUGUUUCAAUGGAAGUAGAUUUAUUGGCUCCACCUGCCGUCAAGCACGACCUCUCCAUCAUUCCAGAAGCAGAUGAGGAUUCUCGCUCCAGAGACGGAGACAGAGACACCAGGAGUAAACAAGAAAAACAAUUAGACUUAAUUGUAAAUAAGAAGGGCGGAAGUGGCAGUGGAACAAUUAAAUUUACUGAAGGAAACAAGAAGCACACAGAAAACUUGAGCCAAGACUCCAACAAAGUGGUGAAGAGACCUUUUCUUCGGAGAGGUCAAGGACUUUUAAAAUAUCGAUUACAACCUGAUGAUUUAAAGAAACCUUAUCAAACUGGUUCCUCUAAGCCAAAUACUGUUCAGAACAGGAAAAGCAAUCCAAAACCUAGUAACUUCUCUAUGAGACAAGUAUCAAGUAAUGCUGCACGACCUACAAAACCAGUGAAUGAAGGACAAUAUAAUUCAACCAAAACAUCAAAAUCUGAUGACUUGUCAGCUCCUGUACAGCGUCUGGUUCUCUCCAUCCCUUCUCAAAAAGCCAGCAGUGUUGAUAUUGGUACCUGGUCUCAAGUCUUUGAAGCAGAGGAGAAACCUUCAUCAGUUAGUGCUCCAGAGAAUGUUCCUAGAUAUUACAAAGAUCCACAAUUAAACAAAGAAGAUAGAUUUAGAUCCAUUUUGACAAGAACUGAGCCCCAGAAAUCAAGAGGUAAUAUGUCGCCCGUGAAAAAAGUAACAAUUUCAAAACCAGAUUCAUCCCCAGAGGAAGAUCAAGAAUCUUUGGCAGCAUACUUGGAUUUAGAGCAACAUGUUGGAAAUGCAAGUUUCUGUUCAACAUCUUCUAAAGUGGACAGACUCAUCGCAAAGUCGUCUAAAAUUGCUCUUCAUCAAUCCAAUCCAGAUGCAAUAACUCAGUCAAAACAAUUAUCACCUAUAAAAACAGGGCGCAAAUUUGUAUGCAGUGCAAAAGAUAAUAAUAGCUUAUCUGAAGACCAUCACACAAUGUGGUCUGUUUCUGACCUAGAAAAUUUAAUUAAGUCUCGUGCUCGACGUUCAGGAUCUCUUCUUAAACCACAGAGUCAAGAAUUGGACUCUGACAUAUCUGAAAAAGCACAAUUAAAUAGUGUUGAAAAUCUACCUUUUAUGAGAUCUGAUGAUAAGGAGCUUUGUGAGUCAUCUCAAGCACAACCUGUUUCUCAAAAUGUUGAUUGGAUGCUUGAAAUUUUGGGACCAGCUAGAAAACCCCACCUCAUGAAGACAAUGUCAAGCAUAGACCUUGAUAGCAGUCUUAUAAAAAACGCUCUUUCUAAAGAAUCGGUUGAAAAUGUUGAAUCAGAUUCUGAUUCCAGUUUGUCUGACAGUUCUUCAGAAGAAGAGAGUGAAGAGGAAAUAUCGACCAGAAUGAAGACAUCUAAUAUCUCAGAGCAAUCCAUUCAAGUUAUGGAAUCCCCUGUAGCUGUCAAAGAAACAUCUCCCCAAAAACCUUUCAAGUUAAUGAAUGAUGCGAACCUCGAAGAAAUAAAUCACCAAAUUGAAUCUCACCUCUCUGAUUUAAAAAAAGAAAUUGAAACUUUACAGUCAGCUAAGAAUAAAUCACAAAAGUACACUACCUCAUUGGAAAAAAAGGUUCAAGAGUUGGAGAACAGAUUAAUGAUUGAUACUCGAUCUUUCAAUAAACGGUUAGAAGAUGAGAGGGAAGCUGCUGCCAAGAGGCUUUCUGAAGAACUAGGGAAAUUUUCUAAAGAGAAGCAAGCUCUGCAGAGAACCUUACGGGAAGAACGUAGGAAGGCACCAGAUCCUAUAACCCAUCAGGAAGUGCUGCGUCUAAAACAAGAGAUUGCAGACUGGGAGGAGAGAUGGAGAACAGACCGUGCCAAAGCAAGAGGUCUUGAAAGUAAUCUCAGGAUUCAAAUCACCAAUUUGAAGAGAGAAAAUGAUAAACUAAAAGAAGACAAUAGUAAAUUAAAACGAGAGAAGGAAACUGCUGUAAACACAGCCAAGGCCAAGGCUUCUUCAAACACUCGAGUCAUCAAUUCGAUUGCUCAACAACUUGGGAGUGUCAAACCAAAGGUAACAGUUGUUAGAGAAGAGAAUUCAAAAUUUGGCAAGCAACCGAAAGGUUCAGCAUAUAAUCUUAAGUCAGGUAAAGACACUAGUAAUCAUAAGGCACAAACUACUAUAGAGAGUUUCCCAAAUGUUCCUCAUAAAUCAAAUGAGUGGUCGACUGAUGAAGAAGUAGACCUUGGCAAAGAGACAUCUGAUGAUGAUGUGGGUGGUGAUAGUGACUGUGAAUUAGAUGCUGCUGGAAAGUCAUUGCAAUCUCGUAUAUCUCUCUUGAGAAAUGGCAAAGCAGAUUCUCUUAAGGCUUCCUCUUUGGAGUGUGAACCCUUUGACCUAGAUGAAGCUCAAGCAAAAUAUGAUGCUAUUUUUGGAAAAAGUGGUAUUGAUGCAGAAAUAACAACUGGAAAUAAAGGAAGUCCGCCAAGUCUACCACCAACUCUGGAACCACUUCAUUCUUCAGGAAAUCAUAUUUCAUCUUCAAGUACAUAUGAAACUGAGAAAUUUAUGAGAUCAAUACAUCAUCCCGACGGUAAACUAGAACAGGUAAAAGAAAAUGGCACAAAAAUUAUAACUCACCCAGAUGGCACCUGGACACGCCACAGCUCAAGUGGAAGUGUAAUGACAGUUCCUCCUAGUGGUUGGCCAGUUCAUAUUUCAUAUUUUAAUGGGGAUCAAUUGGAGAAACUAAGUGAUGGUACCACCCACUAUUUCUAUGCCAAGACAAAUGUAUGGCAGACUACAUACCCCGAUGGUCAUGAAGAACUCAGGUACCCAAGUGGUCAAGUUGAGCAAAGGGAGAAAUCUGGCUCUGUAAAGGUUCUUCUUCCAGACGCUGACAGACGAAGAAAUGGUAAAGAACAUGAAAGUGAUUUGACUUCUUCUGCAAACGGAAUAGCUGUGGAACAACUUCCUAAUGGAGACUCUAUUAUUCUACUGCCUAAUGGAGAAAAAGAACUUCAUACUAGGGACUACAUGAGAAAGGACUUCUUAGAUGGAACUGUCAAAUUUAUGUACAAAGAUGGGAGCCAAGAAACCAAAUAUCCAAGUGGAAGAAUACGAAUAAAAGAUGCUCACGGCAACCUAGUGAAAGACACAGGUCUAACAUUUUAAGUUGUGAAACUUUGCUCUUAUGUUCUUAGUUAUGUGGUUUUUACAAAUGUACUUUAUUUAAACAUGUUAGCAAUUUCUAUUUUUAUUCAGUGAACUAGUUUGACUUGUAAGAUCAUGUUCCUCUCUACAUGACUACAAGCCAAACUAGUUUACAUAACUUGUAUAUUGCAAGAUUCCUCCAAGCCUGUGAUAAUUGGAAUACUUGCCAAUUGGACAAAUGCACAAUUUUUCUCUUCAGUUAGGGUUAAAUUGUCUUUAGCCAUAACUACAUUGUUAAGAACUUAAGAGAGCAUGAAGGGGCAAGUUGACAUAAAUAUUUACUGCAAUGGUACCCUGUGCUUUGCCUCACUUAGUCGCUAGAGCAGAAGACUUGCUACACAAUUUCAAUUUUAACAAACAUUGAUAUAGGUAAAAAAAAAGUGUUCAACAAGUUGUAUUGAAGUAUUUUAAUUUUAUUAGAUGUAUUUAACAAUAGCUUAUAUCAAAUAGAGUUUUACUUAUCUGCAA